AUGUUUAAAAGUACCACCAUUAGUACGAAACAGUUUUUAUUGCAAUCUAUCAGAUUAUAUAAAGCUCCAGCUUUGAAAACAGGUCCAAAAAUAUUGUCGGUGUAUCCACCUCGUGAACAACCACCACAUUUAAAUGCUUUUAAAACAUACCAGGAUUUUGUUGCCAAAGAUUUAGAAAGGUUAGAUCCUACUAGAUGGAGAAGAGAUAUAAUUUCUAGAACUUCUCCAAAUAGAUUAAUGACUGGUGAUAUUGUUCGUGUUGUUUACAAUAAGAAAGACUCUAAAAAUGAUGAUUUUAUGGGUUAUAUUUUAGGAAUUAACAGAAGUGGGCUAACCCCACAAGGCUCGAGUAUAUUGUUAAGAAACCAUAUUUCUAAAACUAGUGUUGAAUUACGAGUGCCUGUUUUCUCCCCAUUGAUAGAAAGAAUUGACUUAAUAAAAAGACCUAGCGAAAACAAGAGGAAGAGAAACAAACAUUAUUAUAUUAGAGGAACUAAAUUGGAUGUCGGUGAUUUAGAGGCCAAUUUGAGAAAAAAGAAAUAA